AUGUCGACCAAUCUACAAACAGCAUUCCGUUUCGCUGAGCCUCCACUGGGGCCGAUGCGGUUCCGGGCGCCACAGCCCCACCAGGGCUGGACGGGAGUCCGCGACGCCAAGAAACACGGCAGCAAGUGUCUCCAGUACAGCAUGCUCUCAGCCGGGGCGUUGGAGGGCGACGAGAACUGCUUGUUCGUGAACGUGUACACACCCAGCCUGCCCGCCGAAGGGGAGCACCCGGAGCUGCCUGUGAUGGUGUGGAUCCACGGCGGCGGUUUCGUCACCGGCUCCGGGGACGCUGACUUCUACGGACCGGACUACUUCAUGGACGAGCAGGUGGUGCUUGUGACGUUCAACUACCGGCUGGGUCCGUUCGGCUUCCUGACCACUGCGGAUGCCAACGCCCCCGGCAACUACGGCCUGCACGACCAGGUACUCGCGCUCGAGUGGGUGCAGGCCAACAUCGAGGCGUUCGGCGGCAAUCGCGACGACGUCACCAUCUUCGGCGAGUCGGCCGGCGGCGCCAGCGUGGGCCUGCAGGUGCUGAGCCCGCGCUCGCGAGGCCUCUUCGCCAAGGCCAUCAGUCAGUCAGGGGCGUCGUUCUGCAACUUCGGCGCCAGCGGGGAGCCUCAGGGAAAGGCUGCCGAUCAGCUGGCCACCUUGCUAAAGUGCUCUACGGCUAGCAGCCGCGAACUGGUCGGAUGCAUGCGACAGCGGCCCGCCAAAGAGAUCCUCAGGUCACUCGGUGCGAUGAUGAAGGAGGACCCCGUGGUCCAGUUGCCCAUCCACUUCAAGCCGCGCGUGGACCGCGAGUCACAGAUGCCGUUCCUCCCACGGGAUCCGUACAUCUCGCUUCGCGAUGGUCAAUUCAACCUGGUGCCGUGGAUGACCGGCCUGAAUCGGGACGAGGGCGCGUUCUUGGUUGGCCGGAUGCGUUCGAAACCGGAGUCCGUGGCGGUGUACAGCGGUCGUGACUGGGGCCGCUGGGCGUCCAGCAUCCUCCAGGUCGCGGACGUCACCACCGCGCCCGCCGCCGUCGCCGAAAAGAUUUACCGGCAGUACUUCGGCGACGCUGGCUGCGGCGAGGAGAACCUGCAGUCGCUCAGCGACAUGCUCAGCGACCGUUGGUUCACGGCGUGCAUCACGAGCGAGGCGAACCUGGCCGCUGCCCACACGCCGGUGUACAUGUACGUCCUGGACCACAUGGGGCCGGGCCGACAGAAUUUCCUGCGCUUAAUGGCCCUGCUGAUGGGGAAGCUGGAGUCCUACAGGGACCUGGGCGUGCCGCACGCGGAGGACCUGCUGUACCUCUUUAAGCCGGUGUUCGGACCGCCGAUAGCGCGCGACUCGGACGAGCACAAGAUGAUCCGGUUCAUGGUGUCCGCUGUGGACGAACUUCGCGCGCCCUGGCCGAUCUACACGGCCAGCCGUCAGGAGCACAUGCGACUGAACAUGGCACCGUCCGUGGGCCGGGCCGCCUUCAGCGAGCGGGUGGAGUUCUGGAACCAGCUCGACAUCCAGGAGAGCUGGCAUCUGGCGCUCUUUGACGACAACAACCGCGACGAGCUCUGA